AUGGAUAAUUCAUGGUCUAUCAACAUUCCUGCCGAACCCAGUUCACAGCUUGUUCUUGUCAAAAAUAUUUCACUAGAGACGCAAGAAGCUACGAUCAAGGACUUUUUCUCCUUCUGUGGCAUCAUUGCUGCCUUCGAGAUGAAGAAGGAUUUCCAAGAUGAAAAGCAUCAAAUAGCUCUGAUUAUGUUUGAAAAAGAUUCAGCAGCGAAAACUGCCACAUUGCUGAGCCAAGCUGUGGUCGACGAUAGUCCAAUUGAAGUAGAGCCCUAUUUCAAGCAGGUGCUAACGGCCGAGAACAUCACGACACCGGUAGUAAGCAAUGCUCAGCAGCAGCAACAACAGCAACCUCAGGAGAGUAAAUCAGUUUCUCAUGUGAUGGCGGAACUUUUGGCAUCAGGCUAUGUUUUGACAGAAUCUGUGGUGAAUAAGGGAGCCGAAUUUGAUGAAAAGCAUGGUGUUUCCACUCGCGUCAAUGGUUAUUUGACCAAGAUGGGUCUUAGCUUGACUCAGUUGAAUCAAAAGUUUCAUAGCUCGAGUACUUUGAAAGAGAAAAGCGUCCCUGUAGCUGCUGUCCCUGCGGAUAAUGCGGUCGAUAGCUCUGCCACUGCCGCAAAUACUACUACUAAUACUACUACUACUACUACUACUACUACUACUACGGCAGCAUCACCUGCUUCAUCUAGAAUGCAAAAUCUGAUGAACUCUAGAGCUAGUUUGAAGGUACAAGGGUUCGCAUCUCGGGUGGCUGGCAAAGUGUCUACUGUCCAUGAGGAAGCUAAGAGAAUUGCUGCUGAAAAGAAGAGAGACGCCGCUGCUACAGCUACUUCUACUACACCUACCACUACUGUAAUACCGGGAAAUGACGCUGCUGAUCACAAGCCUGAUCAACAAGAACCACAACAGCAUCAACACGUUGAGACAGCAUCAGACUUGAAAUAA